UAGGAGCGAAGCAAGGUUUUCAUCGGUAGGGGAAAUGUGCGGCGGGUAGUUUAAACCACCGGAUGUGACGAAGGGACAAAACGUUUGCUCGUUUUUUCAGGUUGGCAUGGAUUUCGGAUGAUAAACACAAUGUGUGGGGAUGAUUUAGUCUCCUUUCGGCGCAGUCUUUGCGAUUUCCGUAAUUAAUUCGCGUUUAUUUUAUGUUUUAAAUGUCUCCUAAACAAUUCUGCCUGAGUCGUGAUGGUAGUGAAUGCCGCUGCACAACAACGAAGUUAGCUAACGGUAAUUAGCACGGCUAACUGAACUGCUGUCUGCUUUAUGCUUAUGGGAAAUGUCCAGUAGCAUAUAUGGAGAAAAUGAAAAGAAAAGUGUCCCGGUUAAGACUCAGCCCUAACGAAGAGGCGAGAAUAAUACGAGAGGAACGUGAAAGGAGGAGAAAGCUGCGAAUACAGCAGGUGCGGGAGCAGCAGCGCAGCAUUGCACUACAUAUCCGUCAAGAGGUUGAGCGGCGGCGGCAGCAUGAGCUGCAGCAGCUGGGGGAAGAGCUGAGGAGGGACUGGGAGCAACAGCAGAGGGAGAAACUGAACACACUGCAAAAAUUAUACCAGGAGAGCCUCCAGCUUCUCGGACAGGGACACAGGAGUGCAAAGGAAAAUGAGCCCGACUUGGCAGCCAUCGCUCAGAAGGAGGAGGAGAACCACAGUAAAGCGGAGGAGCGUUUUCGGGAAGCCCUGAAGGAGCUCAAAUCACAGAAGCUUAAAGACCACGAGAGGCAAAGCCGAUCCAUCAAUGCCAGAAAGAAGGCACUACAGGCAGAAAAGGAAAGGUCAGCCAAAGUUGCCAGCCUCCCACCACCUCCCCCAAACCCCACUCAGAACAUCGAUUGCACGAAGCCACACGUAGUAAAGAAGUCGGAUGUGAGUGCCUUCACUGCCACGCAUUACCACAUGUCUGAGAGCACAGUGGACCGAGAGCUGGACCCAAAGCAGCCUAAUGCUAAUGAGGGAGCUGAGCUGGAGGUGAGGAGACUGGAGGAGUUGCAGAAGGAGGAAGAGAUGAGGAGAGAGGAGCAGCUCGAGAAGGCUCGUCUCAGGGGGAUUCAGGCUCUGAGGAGGGAGCAUCUCGUGCAGGAUCGUGACCGCUUGCUUGUUGAACUGGAACACAUGCAGCAGACUGACCUUCUGAGGAAGAGACAGCAGGUGUCAAAGAUGCCUCCUCAGAUCUUCCAGCCUCUCUAUAAGAGACAGGAGACAAGGGAGGACUUCCAGAGGGAGAUGGAGUUUGCCUUUGAGGACAUGUAUACCGGCGAGAGGAGGGUUAAAGGUGACCUAGUGGUUCAGCUGGUACCCGAACCUCUACCAGCUCCAUCCACAGCCAGCCAGGACCAAGAGCUUGACAUUACACAGGAUGAACUCGAUACACCAGGAGCAGAAAACACACAAUGCGACACUGAGCAAGACGCCAGAAGCACAGAGCAGGAAACUUCUGUUCAGGGUGAAGAGAAGCCCCAGAGACACAUAAGACCUGAACCCAGACGGGCAUUGAAGAGACUCCUGGAUCGUAUCAGGAGCCAGAGGAACCAGUGGACGGAACACAACCGUCACGACCCUGUGGCUGAGUCACCGUCGGACAUCAGCGAUCAGAUCCCGGAGAGGGACACGACCAUCGACACGGGCUCUCUGACCAGCGAAGAGAAGGUCAUCGAGCUCCCUGAACCUGCCCACUUACCACCUGCGGCACUUGAGCCAGCAGAGGAGUCAGCUGCUGCAGAUACUUCACUUCCUUAUGCAUUUGUGAACAAAAUUCAGCAGUUUACAGAAGAACAAAGGAAAAGAGAAGAGGAGCUUGAGAGGGAGAAGCAGCAGCAGGUGGUUUUGCUCCAGGAACUCGAAGAGCAGAAGGCCAAACUGGAGCAGAUGCUGCUUGAGGCCCAGCAGGAGAGAGAACAACUGAAGUCUGCUGUGACCCAGGAAGCAGCUGUACCUGUUAACCAACCAGAAACACCUGUCCAUGACCAGGAUGUCACCUCUGUCCCUCCUGAGCUGGUGCCUCCUCCAGGAGAAGAUGUCCACACCGGAAGGGUCCGAGAAUACCAACAGCGGCUGCUGGAACAGAACAGAAUUCACCAGAGGUCAGUGGAAGUGGCUCGCCAGCGUCUGGAGGAAUACCAGCGAGCUCUACAAAUUCGUCACAACACAAUGGCCUCGGUGACGCUGCCCACUGCCCUGCAUCCACGCCUCGUUCACCCACCUGUGCACAGCACUCAAGCUCUCCCAGCCGCCCUGACACUCCCUACAGCUGCUGCAGCGCCUUCAUGCAUCCACGCCAAACAGCAGAGCUCUGUGCAGUCAGACACGUUGGUUUCACCUCCCCGUCCUCCUGCCUCCAGUGUGAGGGUUUGCUCCAGGUUGCUGCAGGCUGAAGAGGAGCCUGUUCACAGCAGUCCCAGGAACCAGAGAGCAGACCUCUCAACCUGGCUGACUGACAGCAUAAUGGAGAGAGUAACAGAGCACCUCCCAGAGAGACUGAGACCUAACCCGGUCACCAGAGAGCCACUGCCUCACAAACUGUACACAGCACCUCACUCAACCAGCAUCCCACUCCAGCAACCCUCUGAACCCAUUAAAGCCAUGAGCCCGAGCGUCACACGUGGUACACCUCCGGUUCCAGACCAUGCAGCAGUUGCGGGGAUGUUGCUGCAUGGCUCCGCACUGACGGGGUCCCUGAGUUCCAGAGAGGACGACAUGGAGAGGCAGAGACGGGAGCUGCAGGAGGUUCAGAGACGCAUGCUGGAACAAAGGGAGGCAGUGUUGCUGCAGCAGAGGAAGCAAGAGGAGGAGCGGCAGAAACAGGAGCUGGAGCUGGAGCAGAUGAGGCGACAAAAGGAGACAUUGCAGGCUCUGAUUCUUACUGACGCACAACCAGUUCCACAGGCCACCAGUGAGCUGUCAGUCUCACAGAACAUCAGUCAGACCCGCCUCAGAUUGCUGGCAUCCCUGCUGAGAGCUAUAGAGGACACUAAUGGAGGAAGUUUAUCUCACCUAGAAGACACUCAGGAAGACGACGUCUCCCUUCAACAGCCGCCGGCUGACAGUUUUCAGACAGCUCCCAUCUCUCUGCGUGAUGUGCCUGCUGGACCUUCCCCAGCGUCGGCCCUGCCCUCAGGAUUCCUCCCUCCUCCUCGAGCGGCGAAGCCUCCGGUGACCCGCGUCAGGCUGGGCAUCAUGGAGAUGAUGACUCAGCAACACGAGCUCAGUGCUAUUCCAGAGGUGGAGACACCAGUCAACACGAGCCAAGUCACAGGCCUCGAGGGUAGUGUGAAGGUUCCUUCACAUACUGUGAACUGGGAUCCACAUGAGGAAUCCAGAUCAUCUGAGGCCUCUGAUGGAACGCUGCACAUGACCCAGUCCAGCAGCGGGCUGCGGCCUGCUGAAAGCCCAGCCGGCUUUUGGACGGGCUCGGGGAGACCUGGCCAUCUCAUCUGGAGAGGGAGGCUGCCGACAGGGGCAGGAACAUCUCCAGAAUCCUCAGAGUCUGAAUUAAGGAUCAUGUCAGCUCUUUCCUCUGACUCUGGGAGAGGAGCUGACUGCUCAGGUGCUCUUCCCACAAGCUGCAGAUCCCCCUCAGAGUCUACACACAGGCCUCCUGAUUCUGAGUCUUCCACCACCAUCUCCACCGGCAGCUACAUCACCACUGACCCUGAGCAAAACCUAAAAACUGAUGAAUCCCCACCCCUCAGGCGAGGAGCAGAUUUACUCGACGUCUCGUCUCCGUCCGACCAGAGCUCCCAUGUUAACGACAGCUCAGCUGCAGGCCAACCUGAUCGGGCUGUGGAGACUCUGUUUAACGACAGCAGCAUCCAGCGCAUCAUAGACAGAUACACAAGGGAGCUGAACAUCUCCCUCAGCACCACUGGGAAAAGCACAGACAGCGGAGGCUCGUAUGUGGAGGAAUCUUCAGUUUCUCAUCAGUCUUUAAUUCGAGUCUCAGAGAGGAGAGAAGAAGAGGAGGAGGAGGAUGAAGGCUCCCUUCCCUCAGCCACAGCAGGAUCACAGAGGGGCGUCCUGGAAGCUGACAGGACCGUCAGUCCAAUCCUGGAGCACUUCUCAGCUGAAGACCAGUCCUUCGCUGGGGGUCGAGAGCAGGACUCUUUCAGACCUCUGAUUGGCCAGCUGACAGAACAGUCAUCUUGUCUAGCUGCUGACCACAGGGACUCGGCCCUGGAGCGACUGGUGGGCCAGCCGUCGGCUCACUCGUCUGUGAUUGGUCAGCUACCGGGCCUGCCGCUCUGGGCGAGCUUGGAUCAGGGUGGGUGGGAUUCCACUCUGAGUCGGAUGAUCGGUCGACUCACCCACCAGUCCAGCUCUCAUUGGCUGAGUGGCGGGCAGGACUUUUACGCAGGUCAGCUGAUGGGUCAGAUGGUGUCGGAGCAGUCGACCACCUGGUUGGAUGAAGGUCGGGAGGAGAGCCGGAUGAGACCGUUGGUUGGGGAGCUGGAUGAGUCUGCUGGCCAGCACACUGGAAGCUCAGGUGAAGGAACCCGUGUGGAUCUCGGCGUUUCGACUGAGGCCGGCGUGCCGUCAGACCCAGCAAUGCCUCCUGAAGCCUCGUCACACGGUGCCCCCGUCCCGGGUGUGACUCCACAUCCACAGGACCAAACCAGCCCAGUGGACCCGGGCCCAGAGAGGACUGAAGUGUUUCCAGGCUCGGACUCAUUCCACGCGCUACUGGCUGAGGUCACCCACAAUGAAACGGCAGACCCCUCCAUGACCUUUCAGCUGCCCGAGCUCAGUGUGCCUCAGUCUCCUGGAGGACGACCAACCAGCUGGGGUCGCAAUGUUCCCACACCUCCUGAAGAGCCUGAACACCACAGGGACUCCUCAGAGUCUGAGCCGUCUCCUGAGCGCCUGAGGACAGAGCAACCUUCCCCUCCCCCCACCUCACAUGAAUCUUUCUCCCAGCUCGUCACCUCCCAGGACCACCUCCACGAUGUGGAGCUGACCGCUCUGAGUCUGUCCACUUUGACCCUGUGUGAGGAUACACCUGCUCCGAGCGAGCCGCAGCCUGAGGAGCCAAUCAGUGAUGAGUGCACUGGAGAGCCUGAGCGGCUCUCCUACCUGAGGAUCGAUCCUGCUAUCUCAGAGAAGACGCUGGAAGCUGCCGGGGAAAAGGGGAUCCUGGAGCAGUCAGAGAUAACUUUAGUGAGCCUGACAGACACAACGCUACAGGACCCUGAGACAACCGUCACUGAUGAAGACCAGCUUCCACAUGGACUGAGGGAGGACGGACAGGGAGGCCUCGAGACGGAGGCGACUGUCCAGGGGACAGAAUCCACGUUGUUACAGCAUGAGACUCCAGAGGACAAGAACCAAACACAUCCAGUGACGCUCCUGCAGUUUCAGUGGGGUCCCAGCGGAGGCCUGCAGGAGGAGGCCUGCCAGCGGAGGCGCAGAGCUCUGCUCCAGAGGUCUUCUCACAGGGUGGAGGAAAUCAAGGCCAGGAGGACUCGUGUCAGGAUUCACCCUGAGAUCCAAGCUGGAGGCCAAGAGCAGUCUGAAGCCCAGGCCUCUCAGGUGCCUCUCACCUGCAAGGCGAAGACCAGGGCCGAAACUCAACACAAGAGUAAAACCAAGUCAGAGGGAGGACAGGCUGAGCAGCACCAAACUGACAAGCGAUCUGGCUUCAGCAAGCAAAGGAAGUUUAACUCUUCAGCGAGCGACUCCAGGCUGAAGAAGGUGGACGAGGUGAAGCUCUGCACACCGGAGCAAAGGAAACUGGAUGUUUCUGAGAUGCAGCAGAGAACUCAGAGACUGUACGAGCAGCUCGAGGAGGUGAAGCGCCAGAAAGCAAUCAGGAGCAGACAGGAAGCUUAUGCACAAAACCGACUGAAGGCCAAGGAAUUCCACAAGAAGACGCUGGAGAAGCUUCGCGCCAAGCAGACUGUGCGGUGAUCGACUUUGAAUGUGUUCUCCUUCUUUUUGUGAAAUUAAGUUAUUUUGUAAAGUUUUAUCAAUAAAGCAUUUUAUUUGGA